GAUAUAACAAUGUAUGAAUUAAUUGAUACAAUCAUAAAGUGAUCGUUACAUUUUUUUUCCCGAUAGUUAAAUGAAUCCUAAUUACCGUGAUUUGAGUGCAUGGAAUUUAUCAGGAACACAAGAUACUAUUCCUAAUCAAAGUUCAAAUUAUCCAAAUAGUAAUUCAAGAUAUCCAGAUGGAGGACCAGGUUAUCCGGUUGGAGGACCAGGUUACCCGGUUGGAGGACCAGGGUUCUCAGAACUUUCAGUAGGGGGACAAAGUUCAAUAGAUGGAGGGAUAGGAUUCGCGGGUAGAGGUCCAGAGCCUAUGGUGGCAGGUGCAGAUUAUACAUCAGGAUACUAUCCUAAUUCAUUUUCUGGAGGAUUUCAACCUUCCAAUCCAACUGGAUUUAGAUAUUCACCACAAGGAGAAAAUUUUCCAAGAAAUAACCCAUAUCCUGUUGCACAGUCACCGGGUUAUGUUCCAGGAGCCCCUCGUUUUGGAACACAAACUAAUGAAUAUAAUAAUGGUAGCAAUUUACGAACUGAUCAGAAUAUCUGCCAAUCCAAUCCUAAUAGUGAGAUUUUUGAACCAACAGUUAAAGAUGCAGAAAAUUUUAAUCCAGAAGAAGAUUGUGAACGUUUACGAAAAGCAAUGGCUGGUUUAGGAACAAAUGAAAAAGAAUUAAUAGAAGUAAUGGGUCGUAGAAGUCCUAACCAACGUGUUAUAAUAACAAAAAAAUAUAAGGCAAUGUUUGGAAAAGAAUUAACUUCUAAGUUUGAAUCUGAAUUAAGUGGACAUUUUUGUGAAUGUAUGAUAGCAUUAUGUCGAUCUCCAUCGGAAUUAGAUGCAAUAGAACUACGUAAAGCAAUGCGUGGUGCUGGUACAAAUGAAGAAGUUUUGAUUGAAAUUCUAUGCACUCGAACGAAUGAACAGAUAAGGGAGAUAUGUGAAGCUUAUACAAGAAUUUACAAAGGUCGUUCCCUAGAAAAAGAUUUAAAAGAUGAAACAUCUGGAUAUUUCAAACGUAUCUUAGUAGCAUUAGUACAAGGGGAUAGAGAUGAAAGUCAAAAUGUUGAUGAGUGUCGAGCACGUAGAGAUGCAGAAGAAUUAUAUAAAGCUGGAGAGCAAAGAUGGGGAACAGAUGAAUCAAAAUUUAUUCAAAUCAUCUGUCAUCGAUCUUAUGCUCACUUACGUUCAGUUUUUCAGCACUAUUCAACACUUGGUAGAAGAGAUAUUGAAAGUGCUUUAAAAUCAGAAAUGAGUGGAGAUUUACUUCGAGCUAUGCUUACUGUUGUGAGAUGUGUUAUAAAUAAACAGAAAUAUUUUGCUGAAAGAUUAAAAGCUUCCAUGAGAGGCGCUGGAACAACUGAUUCAACAUUGAUACGUAUAGUUGUUGGACGUUCUGGUAUUGAUAUGGGUCGUAUUAAAAAAGAAUUUAUUAGUUUAACAGGAAAAACUCUUGAGUCAUGGAUAGCUGAUGAUACCAGUGGAGAUUAUCGACGUAUAUUAUUAAAACUUGUUAGUGAAUAAGAAGAAGACGAAGGAAGAAAAGGGAAAAAACAAAAAAGAAAAUGACAAAAGAAAAUCAACCACAAUUCAAUUAUAUUUAACAAUAUUAGAUUAAUCAAUAAAACACAAACUUUAGAACAACAUAUCAUUUGAAGUGAUCAUUUAUUAUAUGACUGAUAUUUCUUUAUUUGUCUCAACUUUUAUUCUCUAUACAGUUUUUUUAUUGUGAAUAAUUUUCAAGGAUUAUUACUUUCUUUCUUUCUUUAUUUGUUUAUUUUUAUUAUUUUUAUUAUUAAUGAAACGAAGGAAAAUUCCAUACUAUUACUAAUAUUAUUAUUACUACUACUUAUUUUUUCUUUUUGAUUGGCGUUUAUUGGCGAGUUCGUUUUCUACGGUAUGGGGUUGUGAACCCUCCUACUUUAUCCAAGUUUGGGACAGGCAAUAGCCCUAGAUGGGUUCCAGGCCGAGUUACUAUUAUUAUUAUUAUUAUUAUUAU